GAUUGGGACCAAAGGCAUGAGGAAAUCGAAUCUUCGUGGAGGCUUUAUAAACCCACAGCCUCACUGCUGAUGUUGAGGACAUAACUUGAUCACCGAGUCGCACGCUAUCCUCCUGUUCUUAAGAGACUUUAAACCGAGAAGCAUUCAUCAUGAAUAUUACAAUCACUCUUCUUGGCGGGGAACCACGUCCCCUCAUUGUGCCUCCAGGGACCACCGUGGGCUCGCUGAAAAUACUCAUCUUUCAAAAGUUCCACAUCUCCCCGGAGAGGCUUUCAGUCGACAAGAUAAUUCUCGAUGAUGACUUAAAAGACCUGAGUUUCUAUGGGGUGCUACCCUGUGCGAAUAUUUUCGUGCUGGUCCAAGAGCCCAACAACAUCCAAGUGUUCCUGAAAACGGAGAAGGGUGAGAAUCACACAUACAACAUCCGACCUGGGGAGACGGUGGCAGGCUUCAAGGUCAAGGUGAAACAGCGGGAAGGAGUGGCUGAGGACCAACAAAGGCUGAUCCAUGAAGGCAAGCAGUUGGACCACGGAAGUCAUACAUUGGUGUCCUAUAAUGUGAGAGAGGGGAGCACCAUCUUCCUAACCGGACGUCUGAGAGGCGGCUAGGACUCGAGAGGCGGCUCGAGCGGUAGAAUCAGGAGUUGGAAACGUUUUGCCUACCCUAUCUCCGACCUAACUCAAAAGCCAGCGUGUAAUUUAUAUUUUUUACAUUGAUAAAAUGAUUUGGCGAAGAGCAGGCCUUUUCAUAAUCUUAAAUACACAUAUAUAAUAACGAAUCGUGUGUGGGAAGAAUGUAUUUUUUACGAAGGCCAACUUUUUAAAAUCAUUUAGUGAGUAAAUGUAAUGCUACAGAAAAUUUAACCAUGAGGACAUAGAGCAGUGGAGACAGGAUUCUUUCCCAGCAAUUCAGGAAUCACUUUACAACCUUUCAAACAUUGGUAUGCAUUUAAAUUGUUUUAAUUAUAGAUAAUGAGUUUGGGUUGUGUUGGUAGAUGUCAUUUUGGUAUGAAUUUUUCUCAUCCAGAAAUACAGUAAAUAAACUCCUUUAAAUAAAA